AUGAGCGGCCCCCUGCGGCCGGGCCCAAGCGGCUGGCGGCUGGCGGCCACCUUGGUGCUGGCGGCGCGCGGGACGCGCCCGAGCGCCGCCGCCCCGUUGUCCCCGCCGCCCGCCGAGGGCUUCCGGCUGCUGCUGCUGCACCGCUCCGCCAACCAAGGCUUCUUGCCCGGCGCGCACGUGUUCCCCGGCGGCGUGCUGGACGCGGCCGACCGCGCGGCCGAGUGGCGGCGCCUCUUCGCGCCCCACCAAGGGCCGCCGCGCUUCGGUCUGGGCCCGGCGCCGCCUCGGCGCGCGGCCUUCCCGGUGCUGCCCGACGCCCGGCCCGACGGGGACGCCGCGGCGCUGCCCGAUGACGUCGCCUUCCGCAUCUGCGCCAUCCGCGAGGCCUUCGAGGAGGCGGGCGUGCUGCUGCUGCGGCCCCGGGGCUCCGCGCCGGACCCCGCGCCCGGCCGCGCCCUCGCGCCGCCACCCGGCCUGGCCGCCUGGCGCGACCGCGUCCGCCGCGACCCGCGCCGCUUCCUGCAGCUGUGCGCGCGCCUGGACUGCACGCCCGACAUCUGGGCGCUGCACGACUGGAGCGGCUGGUGCACGCCCUUCUCGCGCGGCGCCAGUCGCCGCUUCGACACCGCCUUCUUCCUGUGCUGCCUGCGCGAGCCGCCGCCCGUCUGCCCCGACGCGGCCGAGGUGGUGGGCUGCCAGUGGCUGUCUCCAUCCGAGGCAACUCAAAGUUUCAUGUCAAAAGAGAUUUGGUUGGCACCCCCACAGUUCUACGAAUUAAGAAGACUUGAAAACUUUGCCUCUCUGUCUGACCUGCACAAAUUUUGUUUGGAUCAUGCGUUAGAAGGUCUGGAAAGGUGGCUGCCAGUGACAUUAGUGACUGCUGAUGGGAUGCUCCAGCUUUUACCAGGUGAUGAGCUGUACUUAGAAGAUUCAGACUUAUUAGAAAAGGUUUUGUCUACUGAAAAAACGACUGAAGAAGUCAUGAAGGAAGGCAAGAAAUUUCACCGAAUAGUGAUAUACAACAGCUAUCUCUAUAAUCUCCACGUGACUAUUCCGGCAAAGGGUAAACACAUUUACCCUAAGAACUAUGUAGUAGGAGUCAGCCGUUUGUAGGGUGCUGCUUGUUUGUAAGCCGGCCUGCUUGCAGUGUCCUAAUGGAUAAUGACAAUUGACUACAUUUUCUUGAAACCUUGGAACUUUGUGCCUAUAAAAGUUGUUUCUUACUUCAGGUGUAUUAUGGAGCUCUCUUAUUUUAUUCUUUUAACCUUACAGUAUGCCACAAGUAUAAAGUUUAUAAAGUAUAAAUGAUCUUGUUACCAAA